GACGCCGACCGUGCUGACCCAGCUGGAGGAGCCCACUCACGCGUGGGCGCGCGCGUUCUACAAGGGGGAGGGCGAGCUGUGGCACCAGAAGCGACGCGUCGCGACCUCAAGGGUGUCUGAGGCGACUAACUACAUCCCGACGGCUGACGGCGACUGCUACGCGGAGAAGCGCGGCAUGGGGGAGCGAAGCAUUUUGGCGGCGAGGCCGAGCACCGCGCCCUGGAGUUCGCUGCCGGGCGCGACCCAGUUGUGGUGCCCGCGGGAGUCUACGUCGAGCGGCUGCCCGCGGCGGUGGCAGCUGCGGCCGCGCCUGCGCACGCCCCCGCCGCGGCCGCGCCAGCCGCCGGAGUACGGGGCGGCGGCGUGGCAGCCGCGGGAGGGCUGCGGGGCGCGGGCGCCCCUGUUGGAGCCGCUGGCGGUGGAGCUGGGGCCGGGGGAGUUGGCGGGGAUCGAGGCGGGGGGAGACGCGAGGAUCCUCAGGAUCCAGAUCAGCGACCUGGGGCGGCAGCGGCCCCAGUGGCGGGACAUCGUGGGAGUCGAGACGCAAAGGAUGUGUCUGAAGGCCGUGGAAGAGGCAGGCGGGCACGGCCACGUGGAGCUGGGCAACCUGGCGGGUUUCGAGGUGCUGGUUCGCCGGGCGCAGCUGGUGGAGUACGUCUGCGAGCAGGAGCGCGUCGCCAAGCUGACCGCCAGCGGCAAGGGGAAGAAGGGCGUCGGCAAGGGUGCUGGAAUGUUGGACGAGUCGCCAGUGUUCACAGGACAACGCCGAGACGCUGGCGGUGCCACGCGGGCGCCGGAGCCGAUGGACUUCGCAUCUACGGAAGUCAAACGGGGCGCGAACAUCGCGAAGCAGGCGAGGAAGGCGCGGGAAGAGCGCCGAGCCCUCACCAACGACAUGCAGAAGGAUGGGG